UCACACAAAGUUCGUGCCACAACUUGUGAGCCUAACAGUAGGUUGUGCCAUAAAUGCUGUUUUUUAUUUAAAUUAUAUGUAUUUUAAAAUCAGGUAGAUAAAGCAGAUAGACAGAGAAACCAGUGCUGGGUUCAGGAAAGGGAGGGCCCGGGCUGAUGAAUAUCUGCGUUGACGUUAGAUUUUCCUGUUUCACAGCUAGUCGUGUUACAUAUUCAUACUCAUUCAUGCAGCGGUUGAGUCACCUGCUCUGCCGUCACUGAGGACAGAAGUGUUACUGACUAACUUCACCUAAGAGAAGUAGCUACAAUGGCCUCCUCGUGUAACAUGUUACCAGAAAAACAGUUCCAGUGCACCAUCUGUCAGCAAGUGUUCACCGACCCGGUCACCACUCCCUGUGGACACAACUUCUGCCAGGCCUGCAUCCAGACUGUGUGGGACAGCGGUGACGUCUGCCACUGCCCCACCUGUAACAAAUCAUUCACCUCUCGGCCUGAAUUAAGCAUCAACACAGCCUUCAAAGAGCUGGCAGAUACAUUUAGGAAGAUUAUAGUCUGUUCGUCGGCUUCACCGCUGUCCGCAGCCAAACCAGGUGAGGUGGUGUGUGAUGUCUGCGCUGCAACGUCCCUGCAGGUGAAGGCCCUGAAGUCCUGCCUGGUGUGUCUGACCUCGUACUGCGAAGCCCACCUGGAGCCUCACCAGAGAGUCGCCACCUUGAAGAUCCACAAGCUGAUCGAGCCAGUGAAGAACCUGCAGGACAGGAUGUGUAAGAAGCAUGAGAGGCUGCUGGAGAUGUUCUGCAGGGACGAACAGAAGUGUGUGUGCCAGUUCUGCACCGAGACGGUGCACAAAGAUCACCAGGCUGUUACAAUACAGGACGAGAGUGGGAAGAGAAAGAUCCAAAUCAAGAAGACAGAGGAAGACUUUCAGCAGAUGAUCCAGGAUCGGCUGAAGAAAGUGGACGAGAUCAAAAACUGUCUGAAGCUCAGCACGAUGAGCGCAGAGAAGGAGAUGAAGGAGAGCGACCAUCUCUUCACGUCUUUGAUUCGCUCCAUCAAGGAGAGACAAACCGAAGUCAACACGGAGAUCAAGGAGAAGCAGAAAGCAGCAGAGAGGAGGUCAGAGGAGCUCAUCAGUGAGCUGCAGCAGGAAAUCACUGAACUGCAGAGAAGAAACAAUGAGCUGGAGGGGCUGAGGAACACUGAGGACCACCUGCACGUCUUACAGAGGUCGCCCUCUCUUACGUCACCUCCCCCCACCAGGGUGUGGAUGGAGAUCGGCGUCCACCCUGAACUCUGUGUUGGGACAGUGAGGAGAGCGCUGUCCAAAGUGGAAGACACUCUGAGGAAAGAACUGAACAAUCUGAAGAAGGAAGAGAUGAAAAGGAUGCAGAAAUAUGCAGUUGACGUGGUUUUAGACCCGGACACCGCCCAUCCAAACAUAGUCCUGUCAGCUGAUGGGAAGCAGGCAGGCCGUGGCGAGCUGCUGCCCAUCGUGCCUGACAACCCCCAACGCUUUGACCCUGUCAUCUGCGUUGUGGGCAAGCAAGGCUUCCAGUCCGGGAGGUUCUACUUCCAGGUUGCAGUGGGAACAAAGACCUUCUGGGAUCUGGGCGUAGUCAAAGAGUCCGUCAACAGGAAGGGGAUGAUCACUUCCAAGCCAGAGAAUGGCUAUUGGACAGUGCGGCUGAGGAGCGGGGACGAGUAUCGCGCUUUGGACUCCCCUUCGGUCCUUCUUUCCCUCAAGGAGAAGCCGCAGAUUGUCGGGGUAUUUACGGAUUACGAGGAGGGGACUGUGUCGUUCUUUAACAUGGAGGCCAGGUCUCACAUCUACACCUUCACCGGGUGUUUGUUCUCGGAGAGGAUCUUCCCCUUCUUCAGCCCGGGUGUUUGCGAUGAAGGGAAGAAUACAGCACCACUGGUUAUCACAGCUGUUAACCAUGAGACAUAGACUUACUUUGACUUUGUUUUGAAGCUGCAAGAAAAAUUCUGACUUGCAGAACUGAUCAAGUAUUUAAUGUUAAAGUAUCUGGGUGUCUACUGUACAAACACCAGCAGUUCUCAAAGAUCUGAAUGUCGCACACAAAACAAGUUAUCACAGCCUUGAAGCUUUUCCGCCUAAUGAAAUAUAAGGUAUAAGGUAUAGCUCUUGUAAAAUGUUUUUUUUUGCACUGCAGUGUAAAAAGAUGCAUUCAGAGCCUGGACUUUGCGUCAGAUAAUCAGUUUCUCAGUUUCAGAGUUCUCUAACCAGCCGUGAUAUUAAAGCUGAUGUUCACACACUCAGCCAACCACAAUCAGAACUGCUGCUUUAAUAAUCCAAACAGUAGUAUUAUUAAGUAUUUGACUAUAGACCUAAUAGUAAUAGACAGAGGAAAAUCUGAAUCAUUCAUGUUAUUAAUACACAUUAUAUUGAUCUCAAACAAAACGGCAUGGCUGGAAAAUAUAUUUUUGGGUUCAAGUUCACCAUAAUAAUACCAAAUGC